GAACGCGGCUGCGGGGCUGAGGCUCUGCGGCGGCAGCCGGAGCGGUUCGGGCGGCGCACAGAGCGAAGAUGGCGGCGGAGCGACAGGACGCGCUGAGGGAGUUCGUGGCGGUGACUGGGGCCGAGGAGGACCGGGCCCGCUUCUUCCUCGAGUCGGCCGGCUGGGACCUCCAGAUCGCCCUAGCGAGCUUUUAUGAGGAUGGAGGGGACGAAGACAUUGUGACCAUUUCGCAGGCAACCCCCAGUUCAGUGUCCAGAGGCACAGCCCCCAGCGAUAAUAGGGUCACAUCCUUCAGAGACCUCAUUCAUGACCAAGAUGAGGAGGAAGAGGAGGAAGAGGGCCAGAGGAGCAGGUUUUAUGCCGGGGGCUCAGAGAGAAGUGGACAGCAGAUUGUCGGCCCUCCCAGGAAGAAGAGUCCCAACGAGCUGGUGGAUGAUCUCUUUAAAGGUGCCAAGGAACAUGGAGCUGUAGCUGUGGAGCGAGUGACCAAGAGCCCUGGAGAAACCAGUAAACCGAGACCGUUUGCAGGGGGUGGCUAUCGCCUUGGGGCAGCACCGGAAGAAGAGUCUGCCUACGUGGCAGGAGAAAGGAGGCGGCAUUCCGGCCAGGAUGUUCAUGUAGUGUUGAAGCUCUGGAAGAGUGGGUUCAGCCUGGACAAUGGUGAACUCAGAAGCUACCAAGACCCAUCCAAUGCCCAGUUUCUGGAGUCUAUUCGCAGAGGGGAGGUGCCAGCAGAGCUACGGAGGUUAGCUCACGGUGGGCAGGUGAAUUUGGACAUGGAAGACCAUCGGGAUGAGGAUUUUGUGAAACCCAAGGGAGCCUUCAAAGCCUUCACUGGCGAGGGUCAGAAAUUGGGCAGCACGGCCCCCCAGGUGUUGAAUACCAGCUCUCCAGCACAGCAGGCAGAAAACGAAGCCAAAGCCAGCUCUUCUGUCUCAAUCGACGAGUCCCAGCCCACCACAAACAUCCAGAUUCGGCUCGCCGACGGCGGGAGGCUGGUGCAGAAGUUUAACCACAGCCACAGGAUCAGCGACAUCCGACUCUUCAUCGUGGACGCCCGGCCGGCCAUGGCUGCCACCAGCUUUGUCCUCAUGACUACCUUCCCGAACAAAGAGCUGGCUGACGAGAGCCAGACCCUGAAGGAAGCCAACCUGCUCAACGCUGUCAUCGUGCAGCGGUUAACAUAACCGCCUGCCUGGCCGGCAGCCUCAUCUCCCUCCUGCGUCUCCCAUGGCCAGCUGCCCCGUGGGGACCACCCCUCCCACCCCCUCCCGCACACCCAGCAGUCCAGUGCCACGUCUCCUCCGUAGCUCUGGGUUCUUAGAUCUCGGUUGGACGUUUGUUUUCUCCUUAGUUGCAUUUCCUGGGUUUUUGUGACGAUCAAUGGACUUUAAAGAAAAAAAUAAAAAUAACCAAAAAAAUUGAAGGACUA